ACACCCAAAUAAAACUAAAAUAAAUCCAAAGCAUAUCCAACGUUUUGUUAAUUCCUCUUCCCACCAUUUUCAGUUCCGACCACCAUUUUUUCCGGUCACCGGCAAGCAUCAGCUCCACCGUCGAAAACUUCUCUCUUUCUCACUCUACGAACCGCUCAAAAUGCCACGUCAUAGGCCACCUCCGUUUUCAGUUCUACUUCUAGCUGCAUUCUCACUCUGCUUUUCCCCUGCUCUAGUUUCCUUCUCCCAUGGCGAUUCUCAAAUUCCACCCAUUUCAGAAUGGAGAACUGAAGACUAUUACUCCGGUGUGGAACUUGUUGGGGUAAGUCCGAGUGGGUCUGUUGUGGAAGGCCCUACAAUGGAGCCUGUUGAGUACUCGUUAUUUGUGUUGGCAGCUGAAAGAACUCGAAGAAAAGAUCCUCUUAAUGGCUUUCAAGCUUACACUAGCGGGUGGAAUAUCAGCGAGCGCCAUUAUUGGGCUUCUGUUGGCUUCACGGCAGUUCCUUUGUUUGCUGUUGCUGCAGCCUGGCUCUUGGGUUUUGGGCUUUGCUUAUUGGUCGUCUCCCUGUGUUACUUCUGUUGCGGAAGGCAGUCGUAUGGCUAUUCUCAAAUGGCUUAUACUCUUUCACUUCUUUUCCUCAUUCUGUUCUCCAUUGCAUCAAUCAUUGGAUGUGUUAUUUUAUACACUGGUCAAGGAAGGUUUCACAAUAGUACAUCAGAAACAUUGGAAUAUGUUGUAAGUCAAGCAGAUUCGACUGCUCAAAAGCUUCGCGAUGUUUCCGAUUAUUUUGCUGCAGCCAAACAGACUGGAGUGGAUCAAGUUUUUCUGCCUUCUGAUGUUCAAACUGACAUUGAUCAAAUUGAGAUAAAGAUAAACUCUUCUGCUAGUAUUCUUGAUGACAAAACUGUGCACAACUCAAAUGACAUAAAAGAUCUCCUUGAUUCUAUACACCGCAGCCGUCUGGCUCUUAUAAUCGUUGCAGCUAUCAUGCUUCUGCUGACAUUUCUUGGAUUCUUAUUCUCCAUAUUUGGUAUGCAACUUCUCGUCUACAUUCUGGUGAUAACUGGCUGGUUACUUGUAACUGGGACAUUCAUCUUAUCUGGCACGUUCCUUGUUCUCCACAACGUGGCUGCAGAUACUUGUGUUGCAAUGGACCAGUGGGUUCACAAUCCUACUGCGCAUACGGCCUUAGAUGACAUUCUUCCCUGUGUGGAUAAAGUGACUGCUCAAGAAACCUUGUUAAAAAGCAAGGAAGUGAGUGCACAACUUGUCGAUCUGGUCAAUGAGGUGAUCACCAAUGUUUCCAACAUAAAUUUUUCGCCCAACUUCAAACCUAUGUACUUCAACCAAUCUGGUCCGGUUAUGCCAACACUUUGCAACCCAUUUCACCCAGAUUUGACACCAAGAACUUGUUCUUCUGGUGAAGUAGACUUGCAAAAUGCUACACAAGUAUGGGGCAACUAUGUCUGCCAAGUUUUGCCUCCUGGUGAUAUAUGCAUCACAACAGGGCGGUUGACUCCAAGCUUGUACAGCCAGAUGGCGAGCGGAGUUAAUUUAAGUUAUGCACUUUUAAAUUAUAGUCCUACUUUGGUCGAGCUUCAAGAUUGCACGUUUGUUCGACAGACAUUUGAUGACAUCCAUAGAAAUUUUUGUCCCGGUCUACAACAAUACAGCAGAUGGGUCUAUGUUGGAUUAGCAACCGUCUCCAUUGCUGUUAUGCUGUCUUUGAUAUUAUGGAUUAUUUAUGGUCGAGAACGGCAACAUCGUGCUUCUGGAAAAGGGUUCGCUUCUAAACCAACUGGGGAGGAGUUGGAGGGAACCAAAGAAUCUUGAAAACUGUAAGUGUAAAUGUAAGAUUAUUUCCACUGUUAACAUAGCUUACAAUAUCCAAGGACCCACUUAUACUUCUUUUGCAUAAUUCCAUGAAUGUAUGAUAUGCCAAAGUUCUCUUUAGUAUGCCGACCUACUUUUCGAUAUUCUUUCAUUCAAAAUCGACACUGCUGUAUUAGCCAGCUUGUUUCUAUACUGCUGGUAUUCAUUCCCGGCGUACGAAACUGAAGAAAAGAAGACUAUUAGAUUGUGUUAUGAACAUGUUCUUUGGCUUGUGAUUUAGCCAUUGAAUUCAAAUAUGGAA